ACCUAGCUGCUUUUCUUUCAGCGCGUUCCGCUCCGCACCGCAGUACUCUACUCUAUGUACCCUAUGCAACCGUCUUUCCAAAUGCAUUCACCCGCACCACACCUGCCCAACGCUGACAAUCCACACGUGCGUGUCGUUCCUCCCACGUUUCUCCUAAAAAAAUCGCCUGACAUUUCUCCAAUGCCCCAUCACCAUCUAGCCGGUAGCACCCUCGGCGCCGACAGCCGUACCUCUUUCUAGUGCCCCCUUCGCUCGAUGCCUCUCAUCGCGACCGCAUUCCUCGUCCACUCUCCAUCCCUACUCGUCCGAUACUGCCGUCCACCAUGGUCAGUCUAUUCCGCGCCUCCUCGGUUCCUGCCCCGUCCCCUGCUACCGCCACCACGCCCGCCUCUAGUAGCGACCGCGCGCAAUGCUGCUUAGCUGCUGCCGCCGCAACUUCCGCCGCAUAUCGCGGCCCAAGCUGCCUGGCCUGCGCUGCGCAAUGCCAUGACACGCGAUUUUCCGUCGAACGCUGGGGCGGAAGCGGCGGCGGCGGUGGCGGAGGUAACGGCGCGGGCGUGGGGGAAGCGGAAAGCCGCGAGUGUGGGGGAGCACCAGCAGCAGCAGCAGCAGCAGGAGGAAGAGGACUUGGCGGUAAUGCGACAACUACCACUACCGCCACCAUCACCUCUACCGUGCUCCUCGUGCCUACCGCCGGCGGCGCCGUUGGCGGAAGUGCUGAUGGCGGCGGUGGCGCUGCGGGGCUCGUCCCCGCGGCACCUUCGCGGCAGUUCCAUUCGUCCUGGUUCUCGGAUCGCACCGACGGUAGUCUCGGCUACGCGGCUAACGCGAAUCACGCUGCCGUCAACUCCGCCUUUUCCCGCGUCAAAACGCCUCUCCUGCCGUCCGCGCUCGGCGUCCUGCGCUCCCUGCGCGGCGGAACGUCCUCCGCUUGCCGAGCGGGGGGGAGCAACAGGGGGAACAAGGAGGGGAGUAAUAGGGGAAAUAAGGAGGGGAGUAAUAGGGGAAAUAAGGAGGGGAGUAAUAGGGGAAACAAGGAGGGCAGUUUUUGGGGAAACCGGGAGGAGGGUAGCAACAGAGGGAGUAGGGAAUGGAGCAAUAGGGGCGGCAAGGACGGCAGUAACAGAGGAACCUCGGGAACAGUAGUACCUGUCCUAGUCGAGCCCGGUUUCCCGCCGGAAUCACUGGCGGCGAGUGCGGGGAGAUUCGAUGAAACAGCGGGCGCGCGGAUGUCGACGGAUCUGCACGACAGUACACGUGGCGGCGGCGGGGGUGGGGAGGAAGGGGGAGAAAUGGAAGGAGAAGUGGGGAAAGGACCCAGAGGAGGAGGAGGGGCAUUAGGAGAAUGCGAGGGAAUGCGAGUCGGCGAGGAGACGGAGAGGGGAACGGAGGCGGGGAUGAGAACGGGGAUGGAGGAGAGGGAGAGGGGGGAGAGGUGUCCGUUGGAGGCGGCAUGUGCGGCGGUGCUGCAGCAGCUGGGACGCGAUGGCGUCGUUGUGGAUCCACCUCUCGCGCACGCGCUCUCGCUGCACUUCCACGCCCUCCCGCUCGCGUAUUUCGACAGCCUCGUCUCCCCGCGCGCGGCGCUAGCGCACCUCCGUUUGCUGCACCACGCCGCCUCUCUUCCGUCCGGCGCGCCCGCGGUCGACAUUUCGCUCCGCCAUUGCGCAUGUGACUCCGCCAGCGCCGCCGGCCUGCACCAUCCCGCGGAGGUUGCGCGCUGCUGCGCGCCGAGUCCCCCUGCCCUCAGCCUUGCUGGUGGCGCAGGCGCAGGAGAUCCCCCCGCGGCUGCGAUGGCGACGGGAAACGCUUCCGCGUAUGGCGCGCCUGGAGCGGAGGCCCUCGAUUGCCGAGAGCGCUUUUCCGCUGCCCCCUCCGCCAUGCUUGUAGGAGCCGCUGAGCCUCUCAGCGCGGCCGCGCUCCCUGCGCCUGUGGCGGCAAGAAUCCCGGCUGCAACAAUCGGUGGUGAUGCAGCAGACGCAGGAGCGGCAGCGGUGCUGUCGCCGACGACGGCAGUGGUGUCGACAACGGCAGCAGCAGCAGCGGGGGCAGCGGGAGGAGCGGCAGCGAGCCUGUUACGCGCGCACGUGGCGGGGCACAUGCCAGUGCGCUCGCUGCUGCUGGACGACGCGGGCAGCGACUCGUCCCUCACCUCCGCCGCCACCACCGCGUCUGGCGCCGCCCUCUCCACGUGCUCCGGCCCAGGGGGGGCAGGGAGCGGCGCAGGGAGGGGGGGUGUUGGGUAUUGGAGGAGUGCGGAAGAUGCCCUGGUGGGGGGCACGGGCGCCAUGAGCCUCUUGGGCGUUGGUGGCGUGCCGCUGUCGCAAUAUAGCCAGAACCAGCAGCAGCAGCAGCAGCAGCAGCGGCAUGCUUGUGUGGAGGUGACCUUCGCGUGUAACGUCCACCUGUGCCGGCAUCUGCUGCUGGCAGCCCUCUCCCAGGCCGGCAUGCGGCCAGCCUCGCUUGUCCUCUUCCACCCUGCCGUGCCACCUCCUCCCUCCCUCCUCCCACCCCCGUCCUGCGCGCCUGCUGUUCCGCCAGUGCAGUUUGCGCCAUCCCCUGCAUCUGCCCUACCUCUCUCCUCCGGGGCCCCAGUCUCCCCGCCGCCCUGUGAUGGCUUCACACUGGGAUGGGCGCUGCUGCAGCUGCCGUGGGGCGAACAGGUGGAUGAGAGGCGGAUAAGAGACACACUUAGCAAAGUGGGAGCUGCUGCCACCGCCACCACUGUUGUUGCUGGUGCUGCUGGUACUGCAGUAGCAGGAAACGGAGCAGCAGCAACUGUUUGUGGUGCAGCAGCAGGGGCGGGAAGUUCUGGAGGGGAUGUGCGCAUGGGGGACGCCGCUGCUGCAGGGAAAGGGGGACGGGGGCAAUGGGGAGCGGGGAGGGGGAGGGAAGCGCAAGGGCCGGAGGGCAGGAGUAACCACAGGAAGUGGGGGCGUGGGAGAAGAGGGAGGGGGGAGGGAGGCGGGGGGAUUCCUGGUGGGGGUGCUACUGGUGGAGGUGGGGGCUCAGCUGGGGCUACUUCCGCUGUGCCUGGCUCCCUGUCUCUUCUGUGGAAACGAGCUGAAGUGGGGGGCAAUGGGGAUAGCACCCAUGGGGGCGGGAAGGGGAGGAAAGCGGGGAGGGAGGUGAGGCAGAAGCGGGAGCGCGAGAGGGACGAGAGGGAGCGGGAGGAGAGGGAGAGAGAGAAGGAGAAGAGGGGGUUCCGGUACUCUGGGAGGCGGGCGGCAGGGGCCAUGAUCGACACGCUGCUGCUGGGACUGUCCAGCAGAAAGGCACCCCAUGGACCAGCAAUGGCCGCUGCAUCGGUGUCAGCUUCGGACUCAGCGUCAGCGUCGGCAUCGGCAUCAGCGUCGGCAUCAGCGUCUGUGUCAGCAUCAGGAUCAGCGUCAGCUUCUGGGGCUGUUGCUGCUGUGUCGCUUUCGCCGCUCUCCCUGUCGUCCCCGGCUACUCCUGAGCCUCAUGCUGUAGCCGCUGCUGCUCCUGCUCCCGCUCUCGCUUCUGCUGCUGGUGCUGCUGGUGCUGCUGGUGGUGCUGGUGGUGCUGCUGGUGCUGCUGCGUCUGCAAAUCCUUUUGUAGCCUCACGGAAUGGAGGAGGUAUAAACGACGAUGGUGAUGUGGCUAUGCCAAGUGCGGAUGCAGCAGCGGCAGCCAGGGCAGCAGCAGCAGCCUGGCAAGGCAUGGACAUAGAGGCAAGGGUAGACGACAGUGAUGCGAUAGAUUGCGUUGGAGAUGGGUUGAGAGGAGGAGAAGGAGGAGUUGCCAUCGGUGGUAGUGGUGGUGAGGUGAGCAACAGCAGUGGGAGUGGCAGCGGCAGUGGGCGGGGAGGUGUGUUGUUCUAUGUGAGGAGCAGGGGACGUGAGGCGGACAGCAGCAACCGGGCCAGUAAGAAGAUGGCAGUGACUCCUCCACAUGCACAUGCAGAUGCGCAUGCACAUGCACUAGACGAAAACCAUUCACAGAGGCAAGCAUCAGUGCAAGCACCGCCACACGCAGAAGCGAGCAAAGAAGGGCAAGCACAGGCGGGAAGGCUCCCAGAGGGACUCGUGCAGGGGCAGGGGCAGGGAGGUGGUAAAGUCGAGGGCGCGGAUGCAGGGGAAGCGAGGACGCCUGGCAGGGUGAUGGUGGGCAUUGUGAAGCCGGUCAGUGGGCUUGGUGCUGGGAGCAGGUUCGGCUCUGCUGGCAGGUAUGGCGCUCCGCGGAUCGUCAUCGCAGAGCACACCGGGGACACCGGUACUGGGGUGGGGGCACCAGCCGCUACAGGAUCAGCAGCAGGGUCAGCAGCACCAGCAGCUGGAGCAGCAGCAGGAGCAGGAGGAGCAGCAGCAGGGGGUGAGCAGGGGGGCGGGUUGCUGCAGCUGCUGCUAUCGGAGCAGGGAGCGAUGAAGGAGAAGCUGGGCAAGUUCAUGCUGGACCCCAUCCGCCUCGAGAUUGGCCACGUGCUCGCCGUGGGCGCCUCUGGAGAGGUGCGGCGCGGGCGGUACCAAGGGCGGGAGGUCGCAGUGAAGGUGCUAAAAGCGGAGCGGCAUGAGGCGCACACGGCUAGAGCGGAGUUCAGGCGCGAGGUGGUCACCCUGGUGUCGUGCGGGGAGUGCCCGUACCUGCUCAAGUUCUACGGGGUGUGUGUGGACAUGCGGCAGCGGAUGUGCAUCGUGACGAAGCUCAUGGGGGGGGGGAACCUGCAUGACAUGCUGAGGAGGAGGCAUGGCGUGGGGCUACCGCUGCGGCAGCUGGUGAAGAUGGCCAUGGAGGUGGCACUCGGCAUGCGCUUCCUGCACCGACAUGGCAUCAUACACAGGGACCUCAAGCCAGCCAACGUGCUGCUAGACGAGCACGGGCGGGCAGUGGUGGGCGACUUUGGUGUGGCGCGUCUCAUCCGCGAGCGAGCCGAGAUGACCAAAGAAGUCGGCACGUACCGCUGGAUGGCCCCCGAGGCCUUCGGCACGACUGGCCAGUGGACCGUGACUCAACGCAGCGACGUCUACAGCUUCGGGAUUGUCCUCUGGGAGCUGCUCACCGCGCGGUUACCCUACGAGGACUACUCGCCGCUGCAGGCCGCGGUGGCUGUAGCACUGAAUGGCUUAAGGCCGCCGCUGCCGCAGGGGUGCCAUGCGGGGGUGAGGAGGCUGAUUGAGCGGUGCUGGGCGAGAGACCCUGGGGAUAGGCCGGAGUUUGAUGAGAUUGUGAGGGUGCUGGGAGGCAUGGAGGGCGGGGGAGAGGGCGUGGAGUGGGAGGGGAUGGGUGUGGGGGUGGAGGAGGGCGCGGUGGGUGAGGAGGGAGGGAGGGGGGUGGGGGGAGUGGGGGAGGGGGGACGGAAGGGAGGGGGAACGGGAGAGGAAGUGAGGGAGGGAGGAGGAGGAGGGGGCAUGGUGGCGAGUGGUAGAAUCGUUGGCGUUUCCCAGUACAGGGAUGGAUACCGAGACGGUUACAGCGAUAAAAACACACACGGUGCUCCUGCUGGUGGUGGUGGUUGUGGUGGGCGUGUGGACGAAUGCACGGAGGAAGAGGGAAGGGAGGAGGAGAGUGUGGGUGUGCAUGGCGAGGGCGAGGAGGAGGAGGAGGAGGCGAUGGACUUGGUGGAGCACCUGUUCCCAGACCUGCACGUCACGGAGGGUGAGGGGGCGGGGGAGAGACGGGGCGAGGGGGAACCAGAGGGAGGAGGAGCAGGAGGGGGAGGAGGGGGAAGAGGAGUAGGAGGGGAAGUGGCAGCUCCCGUGGGAAGAGGAGGCCGAGGUGUGAGUGGCACUGGUUUUACAGGUUGCAGUCGGGUGAAUCAUCGCUGAGCGACGUGUCAAAAAGCCAGAUGGCUGAAAUGGCGUGUGCGAGUGGAGUAAUAUCUCUGAUUUUUUUGCCAGAGUUGGAGUGACUGCCUUAGAUGGGCCAGUCCGCUGAGCUUUCACCUGUAGUGGUGACAGCAGCAGCGGCGGCGGCGGCACCUGCAGCAUAACAGCAGUAGCAGCAGCAUCAAGAACAGCCGCAGCAGCGUCAAGAACAGCCGCAGCAGCAGCAGCAGCAGCAGCAACACCAAGAGCAGCAGCAGCGGAGACCAUGAUUGAGACGGCACAUUGUUCUCAGGCCCAGGCACACUGCUGCAGCAUUGUUUCUUGAAACGUUUCUGCCAAUGCUGUCGCCAAGGCUGCUGCUGAGAGUGCCCCCCCAGUAUUAGCCCCCAUAAAGUGGAUGAAAGUGGGCAUCAUGCUAGUAUCGACAAGUAUACGGUACAACAAGUGAGCGAAGGCCUCGGGUCGGGAUGAUUCUCCCUCUCUGGUUCGUUUUCUCCUGGUUGCAUAAAGUUUGCCCUGUCCUGUCCUGCCCUGUGCUGUGCCACAAUUUUUUGUGUUGUGCUGUCAUUUUUCUGUCAUGCCAAGGCUCAUGGCUGGCAGCUUGUUUUGCUUGUUUUUGUUGUC